AUGAAAAAGUUCUUUUCUUCAAUUAAAAAUGCUACAACUCAAUUUGCAAAAGGCCUUUUUACUUCAAAUGAAGAAACUUAAUAAUAAGAAAUUAAAUAAGAGAUGACUCCUGAAGAAUAAAAAUAGCAAUGUAAUUUCAUAUUUCGAAAAUAGUUGAUGAUUAUGUUAAAAGUUAUUUAGAUUCUGAUAAGGACUUAAAAGCCAAAAUAUUGACCAAUCGAUUGUACUUUAAUACAGCAGUGCUUGACUUGUCUUGGAAAAAAAUAUUAGACAUCAAAAAUUUAUACGCCAAUGAAAGAAGAAUCAAUUUCUAGCCAAGAUUAGUCAUAUUGGAAUAAUAACAUUGGGAAAGAAUUGUGAUUCAAGUUGCAGAAUUAAUUUAGUCCUACUAUGAUAUCCAAAUUUAUUAUGACAAAUAUGAAUUGGUGAAAAUGGUAAAAAAAUAAAUUUAUUUUAUAGAUCAAACCAAAGGUAUUGGAGGAAUAAUGUAUCAAGAUUCUUUUUAGCAAAGAAGAAAUGAAAGACUAUUUUUAAUUUUAUGAAUAAUCAGAAGUGCUACUAACUUAGUUGAAGCAAUAAUUUCCUCAGCUUACCUUCGAAUAUUCUCAGUAUUAAAUAAAAGAAAUUUAAAAGCAAUAUUUAAUUGAUUAAGCCUUUGAAUUGUUUAAAUUUGAUGAUUGCGAUGAAUUCAAGGCAAUUAAAUUAUUUCAUGAUGAUCAAGAAGUCUUGCAAUGGUUUAAGAGAAAACAAGCAGUUUCCCCUUGA